AUGACCGACACCAAGCCUGCCGACGCCAACACGACCGUCGGCCAACCACUCAAAGAUUCUUCGGCUGAGCCAAAGGAUACCAUCCCCAUGAAGAACCUUCCGCAGGCCUCGUCGACGGAAGCCGGCGUCGCGGCCGUAGACGCAACGAAGAUGACGACGACGACUUCAUCAAACAAGACAUCCGGCGCUGCGGCAUCAACACAGCUCGAAGCCGGCAAUUCGACGACGGGCGACGCCGAUGAUUCAAUCGAGCAGUCGACUAAAGGAAAGGAGAAGGACUCGGUUUCCUCACCAGCGACCAAGACCCAAGAUGACUCCAUGGCCAUCGGCCCUUCUGUUGAUGACGUCCAACCCGUCAGCAGCUCCCCAGCAGAUGGCCCGGUAUGCAACAUCACGCUGUUGCUCACUACCGGUGCACGACACCCUUACAAAUUGGAUGAAAAGUACUUGACAAAGAGAAACGUCAAUGUUCCUGGAUUGACCGAGGCGGGAAAGAAGGAUCCUUUCACAAUCAGUGUCUACACCUUAAAGGAACUCAUUCUAAGAGAGUGGCGUGAAGAAUGGGAUGCCAAGCCUGCGAGCCCCAGCAGCAUCCGUUUGAUUCAUUUCGGAAAGCUGUUGGACGAUAAGGACCAACUGAAACAAUACCACUUUAGCGCAGAGGCAGCCAACGUCGUACACAUGACUGUCCGGCCAGCCGAUAUCGUCGAGGAAGAAGAACCCAAGGGCGGCAACAAGUCGACCUCUGGCGGUGGCCGUAACCGAGAAGGUGGCGGUGGAUGCUGUGUCAUCUUAUGA